AUGGAGUCCGUGAAUUGGAAACGGAUGAAAUACGUGCGGGAGAUCGGGUUCCAAGCUCCAUUCCAUCACCGAAGGACAAGCCGUUGUAUCCACUUUAACGACGGUGCGGACGGGCUUGUUUCUGUUGCGUCUAGCGGAAGUGAUUCCGAUGCCGUCAGUCUACCCCUUUAUAUUGAGGUCCUACCGCGUUGGGAGCUAGGUACCUGUCUCCCAAUAGAUUUCCUAGAAGAUUCUGGGCUUCAGAAUCAAAAGGAUAUCGAGAAUAUCAGCCUGGUUACCGAUGGAAGCUGCGGAGACACCGUCCAGAAACAAUACUUUUUUGAUCUUGUUCGAUUUGAGAACCUAAAAUAUCUCGAGUGGAAGGGCCUCCAGCGAUACGAUGAUUUUGAAGCCAUCCGAAAAUUAAUGGAAACCCGUGGCGAACAGAUACAAAGACUCGUUCUGGAUCUUGUUCAUUGGGAAAAUGCCAGGCGAACCUGGGAAAGUACCUUCCGCCAAUGGAACAGAGGCAACCAGCAUCCUCGGUAUUGUGCCUGGUAUCAAAGCCAAACCCAUGAUGUGUCUCACGUCUCUGUCGUUAUCUAG